ACCUCGUAGUUGGAGUUGUAUUUGAUUUGUAGGUCAAAGGCCUUGGAAUCGUAUGUUUAUUAGAGCUUCAGAUAAAUGCUACCUACAGUUUGCUGCUUAUAUAUAAGCACAAGCAUGUAUGUCUAUUACAUUCAAUUAAUUAGGAAUUACUUCGGAGCAAUAGGAAAUCACGCAAAUACUGUCUGUGCCUGGUGAUUCUUGAUUAUCUUUUGAGAUUCGCAUACGUCUAAAACCAAAAGAGGUCAUUUAAAUAAUAAUCAGAAUUGCUGAUAAUGACUGAUACUUUGGUCACUAUGUAAAAGUCGUUUAUACCCAUGUUUGUACACUAGACCUUUGUUCCUUAAUGAUAAGUCCCCUGACUAGUUUAUUUCGUCUAUUGUAAAUUCUUCCACUUGGCUAUAAAUAUCAACAUCUGUGUACCAUCUUGUUAGUUCCACUCUGUCUGUCAAUUUACCGAACAACAAGUCAGUACUGAAGUAAUGUCUUUCAGUGUCAACAAUAUCUGGUAGACAUCUGGAUAUUUGGAAUUAGUAUGGCUAGAUCUUCACAACAAACGCAAAUUGAAUAUAUGUUAGUUCAUAAAAACAAAUUUCAUCUACUGAUACACUUCAAAGUGACACAAAAAUGAAAAUUAACAAAUGCGAACACAAUUUACCAACAAUAUGUCAUCGUUCGACCUAACUACUGGCCUUUCAUUAUCAUCGGUGGGAAAAUUCGUUCUGAAAUAUUUUGACAAUAUUUCUGGAGCUGCCUUGGGGAUCACUGACCAGUUGUUUCUUAUAGGAUAAGCCAUCUUUAUCUCCCAAGACUUUUGAUGCGUUCCUAAUAUUGUAGCAAAUAGGUUUUAACCAUUUAGAACUGGUACAAAUGAAUAUGUUCCAAAGUGUCUCUGUGUUCAAGAAGUUUCUAAACCGUUUAUGUUAUCUAUUGAGGUCAUUUUCCAGGUUCACUUGGGCUUGCCAAUGGUAUAAAAGAUGGGCGUCACGGAACUAAAUCCGCCGUUAGACUUAAUUCAUGACUCUUUGGUUGAAGAGCUAGUACCAUCCGGCCAUUCCUUUGACAUAGUACACUCACGGCUGGCGUUUUCUCUCCCCACAUUUUGGAUAUGCUGGACACGAUCAUAAACUGUCACAGGCUGUUAAUAUGAAUGGUAAACUAUAUGAUCGCUUUUGACAAAUUUGUGAUGGGUCUGGAUACAUCAUAGUAACCAGAUUGCUUAUGCUGAAAUUCUUUGUUUACAAUUAUUAUUUAUUUGAACACAAAUAUUGGUAUAGGGGAGCACCAAAUACAUAUGCACUAUGCAAUAACAAUGAGGCCAGUAUUCGUUAUCUUUGAUUUGUAUGAGGGCUGUGAUACUGCUCGGGUGCCUGGGGCCUUUGAUAUAAAGGUCUAAUGUACAAAGUAGAGGCAACGUUAGGAGAUGAUUUCUCAUGGUAACCAGUGACCAACAGUAGGUUCAUACUCUAUUUGUUCCUUCAGGACCCUGAAGUCCAUGUGCACCGCUGGUUUGGAAUCAGAGUUUACCAACUCCCCUAGAUGGACCCUUUGUGUCCACUGACUAAGGUCACUCUAUGACAAAUAAAACUACAUAAAACUACUGAAUCGAAUGUAAAAUUUAACCGGAGUCAACUUGGUAGACAACACUCCUCACUGCGCGAAGGCAUUGAGUAGAACUUCUGUGGGAGUGGCUUUAUAUGUGUGAGAUCAUUUGGAGAGGGAGAGUGAACUCGCCCCACCCUCGACCGUACCAAGGCAUUUAGGGGCAAUGAUCAUUAAGUAUCUGAAAAGCAAGUGUUAGCUUUAUUAUAAGGUACUUUUAAUGAGUUUUGGAUAAUAAAUUUAUUUCUAUGUGACAUUUCUUCUCAAAAUAUUCUUGUUCUCAGUCCUCCUCAUAAUUUGUUUUAUCAAUAAAACUUCCACAAAUGCACACCAACGCACUAGAAUUUGUACACCUUUUGGAGCAGUAUCUCUGAACCUAGUUGUUCUUAUCUUGCUGGAGUUGGCCAUCAAGACUAAUAUUGUUAGCCAUUUUCACUAUUAAAUGAAGACUUUGCCAGUGGUUAGUGAGUUUAUAUUUUCAAACAUCAUAUUAUCGGCGCUUACUUAAAAUAUUCCCAUUUCGGCAAGUGGUUAUUAUCGGUUGGCUUCACAUCGGCGUGGUUCUUCUGGUUGUUUGAUGUGCUUACUGAUUAUCAGAAAACGAAAUGUCGGUUCAUAGCUCUGUUUUUUUUUAAUUUUUCAGAUCAGGUGACUUCGUAUAUGUAUCACUUACAUAUAACUCAUUGUGCAUAAAUUUGUAAAUCAAUCCCCAGAAGCCUGCUCAAAUCCGUUAUUAACUUCAUAGAAGUUCCAUCUAACCAAAUAUGGUAAGUAAUAAAUUAUAAACGUUGUGUACUGUUUCAGACUCAGUCAUCAUACUUAAUGGCCUUUAUUCGGAGUCUCAUGGAAAAUAGCUCCAUGGACAUCCGAGAAAAGAAAAGACGUCAACUCGAAAAAGACUUCACAGAAACAGGAGCGGUGCUCAACAUAUGUCUCACUGAAAAGUUUGGUGAUGUGAACAAGAUUUUGAACACUUAUGGAAUUGUUUCACAGCGUGUUAGGGGUAGUUUUAAUAGUUUUACUAUAAAAUAUUUUUAGAUAACAAGACGUCUGUCGCUAAAAUACAAAGGGAUCUUAUCGAGUGUAAAAGUUUGCUAUAUUGCAACAGGGAAGAACUAAGGAGACUGUGGCUGGAACUCGUUGAGCAGAGACGAUGCUUAGAGUUGGUAGAUCAGUUAGAUCGUCUACGUUCUACCCCGGAUGCAUUGGGGUAUUUAGUAACCGCUCGUGCGUGGUCUGAAGCCACUUCCUUAAUGAUCAACUCGAAUUAUAUGCUUGAGUCGGAAAUUGCCUCAAUACCCGCAGUUCAAACACUGAAAACUGACCUGGCACAUAAAAACAAGUUUCUUAUUGAUGAACUGAGAAAAGAACUAAACCGUUUGCUCUAUGAUAAACCCUUUAUUUUGGCUUUGGACAUGCACAUCAGAAAUCCUUCACGAGAUAAAUCAGUUCGCUCUCAUUCUGAUUUACAAAAUAUCAAUUCACUGAAUAAAGCUGCUGUUACACAUUUUGUUAGUUUACCAUUAUCUGAUUGGUAUAAUGCAUCAGUCAGUGAACCGGUAGUUGAUGCGAAUCUAUAUAAAGAACCUAGAACAGUGGCUACAGUGAUUGCACGGUCUACAGUAACAGCUUCACAUCAUGAUGAUGACACAGUUGAUUCUCAACAACAUCAGCAACAUAAUAGUGCUUUAUCUCAUUCUGAUUGGAUACGUGAAAUUGUAGCUGUAACACAUUGUCUUAUACGCUUGCAAAAAUUACCACAGUAUCUAGGUGAUUGGCGUCCUCAAUCGUAUAUUUCACAAAUAGCUGGAACUGGUCAUGUGUUUACGGCACCAUUGAUUCUAGGACAAGGCUUAAUUGGUGAAAUUCAUCGUUCAAUUGUUUUGAAAUUAAGUAAAACAAUUGAAAACAGAGCAAUUGCUCAAAAUGAUACUGUCCCAUUGUCAGAAAUUAAUUCACCUAGAUAUUUGAUCAAAUUAUUGGAAUUAGUAUUUGAUGCUUUAUUUAUGCAAGCUAGAGCAUGCCUUCUUGUUUUACGUACUUUGAAUGGAGCUAAACAGAAACAUGUCAGGUUUUCAACAGAAUUACAAGGUUUAACUACUCAUUAUAUCUGGUCUUGUGUGCAAUAUGAAGUCUAUUGUAUUUUAUUAACACAUUUAAAUAAUAUUUCACCAAGUGAAUUAAAUGAAUUAUCACUUUCAUCAAAUAAAAAUGGUUUACUUAAAUUACAAGCACGAACUGGUAGAAACAGUUUUGUUAGCGGAGGGGAUAUUACACCAGGAAGUGAUAAUUCCAGUGCUUCAUUAAAUCUAUCAAAAGUGGAUUUAAAUGCAUUAAUGGGUCGUAAACGAAUUGGAGCAUUUAAUUUUGCAUCAAUAACUACAAGUUCAAGUAAUAGUAAUAGUACUGCUGCUUCUUCUACUACCACUACUACAAUUACUACUGCCAAUACUAUUAAUGCUAAUUCUACCAUUACUACUCCUGGAAAUAUUACUAAUACACGAGAUUCUCAGUCUGUUAUUGGCACAAUUUCAGGAAACGUUAUGUCAAACCAUAUUGGUAAUAUUGGAAGUGGAAACUUCACCACUAAUACAACUGCUGCUACUAAUCAAGGUCAAAGUAAUGUGCCAUUAUUUAGCUUUUCUAAUUCAUCACAUUAUCUUGGAAUAUCUACAUAUUUAUCAGAAAGCCGUGCAAUGUCAGGUUUACCAGGUGUUGAGACUCAGUCUGGACAAAAUCUCACAGAGAAAUCAGCUCCAAUUUACCCGUUAGCUUGUCGACCAUCUGGUGAUAAUAUAUUAAGUGUAUACAAAAUGGUUAUGGAAUUCAUUGAAGCUGUUGAAUGGGAAAUGAUCAAAUAUACUGAAUUUUCUGAUCUACAUUCUGUGUCCUCUACUCAUUCUAAUACAAGCAAUGAUUACCGUCAACAAUGUCAAUUACGUACAUUACUCAAAACUUUCAUUGAAACUAUUUAUCUACCUGGAAAACUUUCUUCUUUACGUAAUAAACUCCAGAAAUCACUUAAUUCGCCAGACGUUUUAACAUCAGUUGUAUCUCAACAAACUGAACGUGAACUGAAUCUUAAUAGACCAAUUCUUUUAAUCGUUUACGUCGUGGACCAGUGUUUAAAUGAAGUAAGAAAAAUGUGUAUCGCUUUACCAGAGUUUGCAAGUGGUUGUCUACACAUUGGUCUAACAAUUUUGGAAGAUUUUAUCACUGCUAUAUGGAGGAUUUAUAAAAAUAUAGGUGAACUUGAAACAGGUCUUGCUUUGCCAAGUUCUGAAUGGUCAAAAGAUGAUGAUGUUAGUCGAUUUUGGAAAAAAUUCCCAUCAUGGCAACGUAUGGCUACACAUGAAGCACGUUUAUUAGCUAAUAAUACAAUAAUGGAGAAAUCAUUGGCUAAGAAAAAAGCACACGAAACAACUUAUAAUCAUGAUAAUAGAACAAUGAAUGCAAAUUCAUUUAAUGAUAUACAAAUAAAACGAUUAGAAGAAAAAGAAGAAAUUGAAAAAUUAAAUUCUGGAGAGAAAAUGAAUGAAAGUGAUACAAUCAUUAAACCAGUUUGUGCAAUUGCUUUAGGCUUAUAUAAUAAUGAUACAAUUGGUUGUAAUAAUAUCAAUAUACCAAGUAUAAUACCAUUUGCUAAUGGAUUAAAUAAUAAUUCCGAUAAUAUAGAUGAUGCAGAAAGAGGUUUAGAAUAUAUGCGUCUACAUGGAAUAAUUCAUGAACGUGAAGCGACAAGAUUAGCUGUUGCUGAAACUGACCAAUUAAUUCAUAUGAUAAGACAUGAAUUACCCGAAUGUGAGAAAAAAUCUGAUCAAAUUUUACCUACAUUACGAAAUAUUCAAUUAAUUAAAGCAUUGGGUCGAUUAACUGAAUCAUUGUGCUGGCUCUGUUAUCGUGUACUGAAUUUAGACACAUGGACUCAAGGUUCAAAAAAAUAUCAAAUAAAAUCUUCCAUAUCUAUUAGUACUAAUAGAAGUGAAUCAGUAGUUGGUGGAAUACGUACAUCUUCUGAUUAUUAUUAUAAUUCGUUUGUUUCUUAUGCAAAAGAAUUAAAUCGUUUCUCAGAAGCAUGUCUUUUAAUGACUUAUUUAGAAGUAAGAAUACAGGCAUAUAACUAUUUCGGUACAUUACCUGAUGGUGUUACCUAUUGGUGUCCAUUAGACGAUGUUGAUGUUGAUAAAUAUGUGACAGAUUUUCUUGGAUAUAUUGAACAAGUUAAAGAUUUAUCGAUACAUACAUUUAGUCGGCAUAAAUUUCGAUUUAUUUUCGAUGGUCUUGGUGAUUUCAUUUCACAACUGUUAUUACGUUUAAUUCCACAAAUUGAAAGAAUGAAUUCAAAUGGUAAUAAGAAAAUGUGUCGAAAUGUUUAUCGACUACAACAAGCAUUGGCAACUUUAACUGAAACACAUGAAUCUGAUUUAAUUCGAGUGAAACAAUUAUAUGAAUUGUUCUUUUUAACACCUGAAGCAGUUGUGAAUCGUUUAAUGGAACAUGGUAUUGCAUUUGAUCAUGCAGUAUAUGCUAAUCUUUUUCAUUUAUAUCAACGCAGUCAUUCAACAUAUGCAUAUUCGAAAAUACAAAGUUGUAUCAGUAGACUGGCUACUGUUACACAUAGUGGACAAAUUUAAAAGAAAAAGAAAAAUUCUACAUUGUAUCUCAUACUGAAUACAACAAAAUCGG